CUAUGAUGUUUGGGUAUAUGCGUUUCCCGCCGAGCCAAUAAUGCUGCGGGUCUGGCCUUGGAUCCUGCCAGAAGGACGGUUCUGCUGGUGGGGAAGCAUGUCGAGUUUCUCUAGGGCGCCCCAGCAAUGGGCCACUUUUGCUCGGGUUUGGUAUCUCUUAGAUGGAAAAAUGCAGCCUCCAGGCAAACUGGCAGCUAUGGCAUCAAUAAAACUUCAAGGACUGCAUAAACCUGUGUACCAUCAACUGAGUGACUGUGGGGAUCAUGUUGUCAUAAUGAACACAAGGCACAUUGCCUUUUCUGGAAACAAAUGGGAACAAAAAGUAUACUCCUCACAUACUGGCUACCCAGGUGGAUUUAAACAAGUAACAGCUGCUCAACUUCACCAGAAGGAUCCAGUGGCUAUUGUGAAACUAGCCAUUUAUGGCAUGCUGCCAAAAAACCUGCACAGGAGAACUUUGAUGCAGAGGUUGCACCUCUUCCCAGAUGAGAAUAUACCAGAAGAUAUUCUCAAGAAUUUAGUGGAAGAGCUUCCUCAACCACGAAAAGUACCCAAACGUCUAGAUGAGUACACACAAGAAGAAGUAGAGGCGUUCCCAAGAGUGUGGUCUCCUCCUGAAGAUUACCGGCUAUAGGAAAAUGAAAAUUGCAGAAAAUCACGUUUCAGUAAUUGGAAUUCUUCCUGAGGAGUUUCUCCUAACCUACAGGCCCAGUGAAGCAACAGCUGCAUUUUGACAAGAAAGUUGCUAUGGGAGCUGGAAGUUUAUGACGGAAGGUCAGGGAGGGAUAUUCCUUCAAUAGGAAAUUGCAUUAAAACACAUUAUUUUGUAGAGUUGUUUUAUUAUGUGAUCUGAUUUGCGUAUUAUAAAAGAUGAUGAGAAUAAGAUUG